AUGGCGACGAAAACAGAAGGCAAAGCAAUCGGCAUCGACCUCGGCACCACCUACAGCUGCGUCGGAGUAUGGCAGAACGACAGGGUCGAAAUCAUCGCCAACGACCAGGGCAACCGCACCACCCCUUCCUACGUCGCCUUCACCGACACCGAGCGCCUCAUCGGCGACGCCGCCAAGAACCAGGUCGCCAUGAACCCCCACAACACCGUCUUCGACGCCAAGCGCCUCAUCGGCCGCAAAUUCUCCGACCCCUCUGUUCAGGCCGACAUGAAGCACUGGCCCUUCAAGGUCAUCCCGGGCCCAGGCGACAAGCCCAUGAUCGUGGUCCAGCACAAGGGCGAGGAGAAGCAAUUCGCCCCUGAGGAGAUCUCCUCCAUGGUCCUAAUCAAGAUGAGGGAAAUCGCCGAGGCCUUUUUGGGUCAAAACAUCAAAAACGCUGUCGUCACGGUUCCGGCUUACUUCAACGACUCCCAGAGGCAGGCGACGAAGGACGCCGGCUCAAUCGCCGGUCUCAACGUCCUCCGAAUCAUCAACGAGCCCACCGCCGCCGCAAUCGCUUACGGUCUCGACAAGAAAGCGUCGAGUCGCGGCGAGAAGAACGUCCUCAUCUUCGAUCUCGGCGGGGGAACGUUCGACGUCUCCCUGCUGACGAUCGAGGAAGGGAUCUUCGAAGUGAAGGCCACCGCCGGAGAUACGCAUCUGGGAGGUGAGGAUUUCGACAACCGGCUGGUGAGUCACUUUGUGGCGGAGUUCAAGCGGAAGAACAAGAAGGAUAUCAGCACCAACGCCAGAGCUCUGAGGCGGCUGAGAACCGCCUGCGAGAGGGCGAAGAGGACUCUGUCAUCCACUUCCCAAACCACAAUCGAAAUCGAUUCCCUCUACGAAGGGAUCGAUUUCUACUCCACCAUUACCAGAGCUCGGUUUGAAGAAUUGAACAUGGAUUUGUUCAGGAGGUGUAUGGAGCCCGUGGAGAAGUGCCUCCGCGAUGCCAAGAUCGACAAGGGGCAGAUAGACGACGUCGUUCUGGUCGGCGGUUCGACGAGGAUUCCCAAAGUCCAGCAGCUGCUUCAGGACUUCUUCAACGGGAAGGAGCUCUGCAAGAGUAUCAAUCCUGACGAGGCGGUAGCUUACGGAGCAGCGGUUCAGGCGGCGAUUCUGACCGGGGAAGGAGACGAGAAGGUUCAGGAUUUGCUUCUUCUUGAUGUCACCCCUCUCAGCUUGGGUCUCGAGACCGCCGGCGGCGUGAUGACGGUGUUGAUUCCGAGGAACACGACGGUUCCGACCAAGAAGGAGCAGGUUUUCUCGACCUACUCUGAUAAUCAGCCCGGGGUUUUGAUUCAGGUGUACGAAGGCGAAAGGGCGAGAACGAAGGACAACAACUUGCUAGGGAAAUUCGAGCUCUCUGGAAUUCCACCGGCGCCGAGGGGUGUCCCUCAGAUCAAUGUCGUCUUCGACAUCGACGCGAAUGGGAUCUUGAACGUGUCGGCGGAGGACAAGACGGCGGGGGUGAAGAACAAGAUCACGAUCACGAACGACAAGGGGAGGUUGAGCAAGGACGAGAUCGAGAGGAUGGUUCAGGAGGCAGAGAGGUAUAAAGCAGAGGAUGAGGAAGUGAAGAAGAAGGUGGAGGCGAAGAACUCGUUGGAGAAUUACGCGUAUAACAUGAGGAAUACAAUUAAGGAUGAGAAGAUUGCCGGGAAGUUGGAUUCGGCGGAUAAGGAGAAGAUCGAGAAGGCGGUGGAGGAGACGGUGCAGUGGCUUGAUGGGAAUCAGCUGGCGGAGGUGGAGGAGUUGGAGGACAAGCUGAAGGAGCUGGAAGGGCUCUGCAAUCCGAUCAUUGCUAAGAUGUAUCAGGGUGGCGCUGGUGGUGAUGUGCCAAUGGGCGGCGGCGGUGGUGGCGGGGGCUACGGCGGUGGUGAUGCAUCGAGUGGCGGCGGUGCUGGUCCUAAGAUUGAAGAAGUUGAUUGA